ACAGGAAAUUAAACAGUUAUGAUACUUUGAAAUACAACGUUAUCGUAAAUCUCAUUGAGGAAGGUAACUGCCAGGAAGUAGGAAAUGAGCAUCCGGAGAAAUUCACCUUCGAAAUCUCGUAUAAUGAUAAGUCAGGUAGGAUAUUUGGUGUUUCACGGAGUCACCUUACAAUGCAAAAGAAAAGAGAGAAUACGCGAACGCCUACGCGGGGGGUACAAAGUAUGGUACAAAGUAUGGUUAUUGACGCCGAAGAAAGUGAAGGUGGUGGCAGUGAUUCUGAAAGGGAAGACGAAUACGUCAGCGAAGAUGAAUCUGAUUCCGAUUUUGAACAACAGGAAUAAAACAUUUUGGGGUCUUCAAGAAAUCCAAUUAAAUACAGCUGGCGGCAGCAGUUUUCAAAGCGAAGAAGAAAACCUCAGUGAAGAUGAAUCGCAAUUGCUGAGAAAUUGUUAAAUAAAUAGUCGUACUUCACACUGGAUUGGGCCUAAAAUGUUCAACUUUAUAUGCUAUUUUCAACAGUUUUAUUUCAAAUGUACAUUACAUGUAUUUCUUGAAGUCGGCCUGGAAUCACUUAUUCAGAUAUUGCAAACAACAAUUUUAUUUAUCUGAUCAUUUUAAUAUAUGUUUCUUAUUUUGCAUCAAAUGUUAUUAUUAGGUGCGCUAAAACAUGCAUUAUUUCAAUACAUUUC